AAUUAAUAAUGUGUCACUUGAGCUAGAUCACCGCUAAUGCAGGCGCUAAGCCUCAUAAACUCGGCGAUGAUGAAUAUUUAAAUAUUAAUCCCCCUAGUGCAAGAAGCUGAGAGACAGAGAUAGAGGAGAGGUUUGCAAUAAUUGGCGCGCAAUGCUGACGAUACUCUGCAAUAUCGCGAUUCUGAUCUUCUGCAGAUAGUCGUCUGCUCUUUUCUGCGCCGUGAGUUACCAGCAAACUGUUGAGAGCUUCGGGAGAACGCCGCCGCUUUUUGUAGCUAGGAGACGUGUUCAUAGCAGGCAGGCAUCUCGCAGCAUUCGAUGAAAGGACUGAUCGUCAAGAUUUCAUGUGGUUCCUGUAAAAAAAAGAAAUCAUGACUCGACGAAAAACAGAUUUUACGCAAGAAUAUACUUUUUUUAAAUGUGAAAAGGGUUUACACUAUAACACAAGCAAUCCUUAAUUCUGAUUCCGGAUAGAGGUCUACUUUGCCAUGAUGUGAUUAAUUUCUUGCAACACCUCCUGGAGUCUCCUGAUCAAUGAAUUCUACUUCAGGAUCUUGAGAGCUAAUCGAUAUUUGGAUGUUAACGAAUUAUAGCCUGUUGCUGCAUGGUCUGAUUUUCAUUCACCAAUUUUUGUCUCUUUCAUCAGCUGUGCUUUGGUUAUCCGUUAUGGCGGCAAUCUAAAAAUAAUUUUACUGGAUGCUAGUAUAGGCAAUCAUAAUUUAUGAUUGCCAUCAGCUUGAGGAACACCAUCGGAUACUCCUCUUGCAGAUAUUCCCGAGCCUGGCGAUUCAUCAUUAUCGAUGACAAUGUCCUCCAGAAAUAUCUGUACAAUGAGAUGGAUUUUGAUUUUGACGGUAGGAGGAUGAAAGUACCUUCGACCUCCAGUUGAUGCGACCAUUUUGAAAAUGACACUGAGGGGGAAAUGCACUUCCGUUAAUUUAGAACCAUCACACGACUAAUGAAAAGUGAGCGAAGCGCGAACAAAAUUUGAAGGAUAGUGACAUCGACUGUAACUUUGAGUCAUCAUGCAGGCAAAGUAAAGUUCUGGAUGCAGCGGAGAUGAUUUUCUCCGAUUUAAACAUGCAAAUACCACGAAAGGAGUCAUAUUUCGAUUUAUUCAUUGACAUUAAAACGUUGAUGGAAGCAUUAUAUUGAAAUAGAAAGCCAGGGUGAAUACAAAUAGAAAAAUAGGCUUUUUUGCGAAAGGAUUAAGAACAGGUAUAACAUUGGGAAAAUUAGCGAAGACCGAAUAGGACCAGUGGUCUUUGUUAUACAUGACUUUGUAUAAACAUUCGUGGAAUAACUGCGUGUACACAUCACAGCAACUGAACGAUAAUUCUGACAAAAUUUGGAUGAGCAUAUAGAUUAAGGGAAUCAAUAAUCUGAACCUGAAUUAUUCUUGUUCUAAUUGCUUUGAAAAUCAAAAUAAAUCAAAAUGGAUGAUUUUGUGACCGUUUUGGUGACGGCUGCCCUUCUCUUUGUCGGGGGAACCGUCUUGUCUGCCGAUGGCCAGAGCACGACAGAGAGUUAUAACUCCCAAGAUCUGAUCAACAGUACUCAUGAAAUUUCAACAUUGGGACUGAAAAAUGAUAAAGGACCAGUAUGUCGGGGCAUCUGCGAGUGUCUGACCGGAGCUUUGGGGAACAACACCCUCUUGAACAUCUGCUUUCGCGUCAAGGGAAACUCGACGCACUUGGCGAAGCAGAUGGAUCAAGAGAAGGGCAUCGCCGGGUCCUGGGGCUGCGAUGCUCCUGGAUAUGAUGGGGCGGUGUUUAAGUGUGAAGGAGAUCAGAUGACUUGUAUGAAAAACCAUGGCGUGAUAGACUUCAAGCAGGAUACCCAAUCGAAGUCAUCGUCCUCGAACCAUUCUGUGUCGAUUGAAAAUAGCUACACGUUUGUGAGCUGUGAUCGAAGUGGUGCAGAUAACAACAAUCUCACCUGUCGUAUCAACAAGAACGCUUCAAGACCCGGAACUUGUACGAAGGAAUCACUCGCUAAAUGCCACUAUAAAUCGGCAGGAAAUAAGCAGAAAAGAGAAACUUCUAGCAAAGUGAGCAGAAACCACCGAUGUCCACCAGGAUGGUCAUUUAAGAGAAAGAGAUGUCACAAGCAUGUCGACGACCUUUUGUCCUUUGACGAUGCCUAUACCAGAUGUCGGCAAAUGAGGGCGUUCCUGACUCUUGGUUCUGUUGGCUUAAACGAUGAAAUUCUUCCUCAGGAAUGGGGGCACAUGACACACUGGGCUAAAUCGAAUGGAAAUGGUACAACUGACUGCAUUGUGAUCAAUCCGAAUCAGACUUACUCGAGCAAGAGCUGUGAUGGUCUUUAUUCAUUCUUCUGCUAUAAAGAAGUAUUUAAGUUCCUGCAUUGUAAAGAAGCACCGUUAAUCCCUGUUGAACCGACGAAUGCGGUUACCACUGAGCUGACGACGGUUGAAACAACUAGCAGUACCACGCCUACAACAAUAGCCACGCCCACUACUAAGACCACGCCUUCUACAAUGGCCACGUCCACUAUUAAGACCACGCCUUCUACAAUGGCCACGCCCACUACUAAGACCAUGCCUAGUUCAACUGUCACGCCCACUUCCCAAUAUCAACACGCCCCAGACGGGUCAUCGUCGCCAGAAGCAAAAUUGAAUAAUGCAAGAGUUGCUCUUAGUGAGGCAAAAGUACAGAUCGAAUCAUUUGUUAAGAGUUUCACGACUGAUAACACAACCCUAGCUCUUCUGGAUGAUAUCAUAGACACACCGCCCUCAUUCGGUCCUGAUCAACCAGGAAGUAAUGAUGCAGCCGUUACCAUGGCAACUGAGUUGGUUGAGAAGAUGGACAGUCUGGUAGAUUCGUUAGCAGAGGUAGUCUCCCGCCCUGGGAUGUCCCUUACCAUCGAAAAUGACCAGCUAGUGUUGAAGGUAAUUCCGAUCUGUUCUACCUGUUCAUCGACAGCGCCUGGACCGAGACUCGAAGCCGGGAUCAACAAUGAUUCGUACGUGGUCAAAAUACCGGCAUCGGCAACAGGCGAUGGUGCCACUGCUGCUUUAUCAGCCUUAAGCUCCAUCGCGGAUGUAAUGCCCGCCAAUAUGAUCGACGACCAGGAAGAGACCAACGCUGCUGAUGAUGGUGAUGACGAUACAACGACGGAGAGCGGGAACCAGACCAUCGUCACCCACGAGAUCGCCUCCUUGGUCGCCACUGUCUCCGUCAAGAGAUGGGACGGGUCUGAUCUUCAGCUCGCAGUCGACCACCCGUUCGAGAUCAUUUUCAACAAUAAAGAUAAUUCAAAUCAAGUAGAUGGACCUGCUCGUUUCUGUUGCUAUUGGCGACCAGAUGAAGCGUUUGAUGGCGGAGGGGCGUGGUCCACGGAGGGGUGUGUUACCAAGGUAAAUCGCACCCAUACCACCUGUCAAUGCACCCAUCUUACCAGCUUCGCGGUCCUCAUGAGGUUCUCUGAAGCGGGGGCUCCACAAUCAGCUAGUGUGAGGAAGAUACAAGAGUACAUGACCUACGUUGGGUGCGGCCUAUCCAUGACCUGCCUCGCCAUAAUGCUAAUCGUUUUCACCAUUCAAAAGUUGUAUCGCUCCGACCGCAAUAUCAUACAUAUGAACUUAGCAUCAGCAAUCUUCAUUUCUCAAGGAGUGUUCCUGUUUGGUAUAGAGAGGGUCGAACCUUGGGUUGUUUGUAAGAUCAUCGGCAUAUGUCUGCAUUUCUUCCUCCUCGCUACAUUCUUCUGGAUGUUGGUGGAAGGCAUCUAUCUUAUCUCCAAGACAACAUCUACCAAGAACAGGUUUCUUAAGACGCCGACAUACAUCGCUAUCGGCUGGGGAGGGCCAGCUGCCAUUGUUGUCAUCACAGCCGGAGUCACCUUUAAAUCAUACACCACCGACAAGAUGUGUUGGUUAUCAACUGAGAAUGGAGGGAUCUGGGCGUUCAUUGGGCCAGCCAUUGGAGUUAUUGUGAUGAACAUCUCUCUGCUCUGUCAAGUAAUCCGAGUUUUCUUGAGUCUUAAAACCAACAUGAAGAAAGCUCACGUAGACCGGAUAUGGUUGGCUCUUCGAGCGAUGCUUCUUACCCUUCCCCUUCUUGGUGGGACGUGGCUCUUUGGAAUCCUCUCCUUCAACUCCCAGACCGUCUUCUUCUCCUACAUCUUCAUCAUACUUAAUUCAUUACAGGGAGUGUUUAUCUUCAUCCUCUACUGCUUAAUGAAUGAUGAGGUCAAGAAAGUUGUGGAGAAGAAACUGAAUAGCAUAUCGGGCCGAGCAUCCAACGGCAGAUCGACGAAAAGCACCACUUAACCUGUUGACUCCUAAAUUCUGUAAUUCCCGAGGACUUUGUAAAAAGACCACCCUGUUCCAGUAGGCAAUGAGUUAACAUGCGCCAAGAAAUGACGGUCAUGGAAAGCGACGCUUAACCGGUUUUAUUUUCAAUCUCGAUUCCGAUUUCGCGAGAAUUUUGUGGAUUUUGUUCUGUGUCAGUUUUUCGCUUAAUCAGUACAAAAGUUGUUCAUCUUCAUCAUUUUCAUCUUUUUUUUCAAUUGAUAGAUAACCUAGCUGACAACAGGCAUGAUGGGUGGGUUGAUUUUCUUCGAGUUUGACCAGGGGAGCAUUUCAUCAACAUUUUUCGUCUGACAACUUUCCUUGAUUUUGAUUGGCUGAGGAGCAAUGAUCCCGUUCUCAUUACCGCCCUAAAACUCGUUUACUGGUAUGCUAAAUCUUUGAUAAAACAGGAAGUAAUUUCAUGAAACACUCUCAAGAACUGCGGAGUGGCAUAAUAUGGAAUAGCAAUUAUCUCUAGAACAUUAUUGAUUUUUUUUUUUUUUUGGGGGGGGGUAAAUUAAUGUAAAUAAUCAGAGACAUAGGAUUUAAAAGUUUUCAUUUGUGAUGUCACGUGUGAGUGAGCAGCCCCCCCACACGGAGCUAUUUUGUAAAUUUCCGCAAUAUUAUAUCGGAAUAUAUCGAAACUGAUUUUCCCUGUUCAUUUAAUAUUCAUCAAGACACUCAAGUACCCACACACUCCUAUGACAGAACAUAUUAAAUCACUCUGUACCGUUUGAAUUAAUUGUUAAUUCAUAUUUGCAUGGAUAUUUUUUAGCUGCGUGUGACGUCACAAAACACUGAAAGUUUGAAAAUCCAUGAUUCGAUUAUUUCUUGAAUGGGUUUUCGUCCAACAUUCAUUAAUAUUUUCAUUAUGGAUAUUUAUAUUAAUGGAAACAAACAUGACGUCUUUGAUAUGGGCGGACUUUCACUUUAUCGAAGGCAAAUCAUUUGACUUUUUUACUGAUAAAAGUAAACGGUCUCAGCAACUAUUGCUGGUAUCACAAAUAUCAUGUUAUUUAUUCAAAUGUAUAUAUCUCAUUUUCAUCACAGAACUGUAAUAUUAUAAAACUUAUUAUUGUAUCAUCAUAGAAUAAAAAUGUAUUUUUCUUCAUUGCUUUCUUGUUGAAAGUGCAUCGAAUGAAAUUAUUGGAGUAUGUUUUAUUUUUUAAUUCAAUGCAUAUAUGAUAAAGUUGUGACGUCAUAAAUUACAGAUAAAGAAAUUGCUAAGCAGCAUACUAAUUACGCUGACCAUCUGGCUCUAAAAAUAAUUUCCCACUUUAUUUCUUUUCUUAAUAAGGUGCUACUUCUUACUCUCUAACUUCUUAUUUUUCAUAUUUUUAAUUGUAUUUUUUUCUCGAAAAUUUAAGGAAUAUAAAAGAUGACCGCAGAAUAUGAACAUGAUUUGUAUUGGGCUUCUCAGUACUAGAUUAUUUACAAACAAAUAUAUAGAUUUCAUGCUCGGCGUAACUUCGUCUGUCUGUAUAGCCAUUUCUAUGUAUAUACUGUAAAUGCUUUGAAAGUGUUAUAAUGCUGCCAUCAUCUGCGCUCUGAAUAGGGAAUUUAUUAAAUGAAAUAAAUGUGCAUGUAGUUUAUUUCGAUGGGCUUUCAUUAUGGGUUCAAACCAUUUUACCUUGCUAAAGAAAGUCUUUAGUAAAAGGGUGCGAAGCAUGAUUAAAUUAAUUUUGUUAUAAGAGAAGGUUUGAAGUUUAAAAAAAAACAAUCUGAUCGGCAGAGUUUCGAUUUUUUUUUUUGGGGGGGGGGGGUAUGACGUCCGCUGUCCUCACGAUCACCAUCGUAAUAAAACACUCGCUUGAUCAAAAUAAAUCUAUUUGCAUAAUAGACAAAACGCUAUUAUUUUAGUAUGCUUUGAAUUUCAUUUCAUGUAAAUAAUUAUCUUGAUUAUCUAAUGUGCAAAAUAAAUGUUGAAUCUACAUCAUCA